CGCCUCGCGCCUCCAGGCCGGGAGGUCACGUGACGCUGGCGGGGCGGUGCCGCAUCAUGGCGGCGGGGAGCGGUGUCAGGGCCGGUGCUGGCAGCGCUCAGGCCUUCAGGCACAGAACGGCUCUGCUCUGGCUGAUAAAAGAGUAAAGAAGAGGAGGACCGAGAAAGAUAGCCUUUGGAAGCUGUGUGAAACCUGGGAGGGGGACGCUGCAGGGAGCCCCUAAAGAGAAGAAGAGAAAGAAGAGAGUAGUGACAAUAAGGGAAAGAAAGGACUGAGAGGCAGAGCUGGAGCUGGUGAAGAAGAGAGAUUUGUUUCAGGCAUUGCCAGGGGAGGGCUUUGACAGGAUCAGGCAGAGCCUGGUUAUUACAGGGGGUGGUACAACUGUCAUGACAGCUCUCCAGCACAAAGAGCAAAUGUGCUGAGAGUAAGUUACAAAGCUGCAGUUUCCUUUCUGUGUCCUUCCUGAAUCUUGUUCCAGUGCAUGUUGGUCUCCAGGGCCUGCUGCUACUGCUGUUAGUUGCUUGAUAACCUUCCUCUCAGUGAGCAAGACCUGCUGCCUGAGAAAUGUCUGGUGACAGCUCUGUCCUUCGUGACUAGACAGCAUCUCUGCAGGAGCCCAGCUCAUCCACGUGCUGGCUCACUGCUGUGUUGCUGUGCUCCUGAGCAUGUUUUCCCAGAGAAAAUAAAACCUUUCAUCUUUCCAGGCCCCCAUCUUGUCUGUUACAGUGUCAUGCUGUAUUUAUGAUGUCCAGAAUGUUUUAAAAAUUAGGGUCUGGUUCUUUUUAUAUAGCCAUGUUGCUGUUUCACUUUGAUUACGUUUGUUUAUAAAAUUAGGGAUUUGUUUUUAUUUUGCUCUCAGCAUCCAAGCAGCUGCAGACUGUGAAACCCACAGUGGAUGUUCCCUCGCUCUUUCUCACCCAGUGUGUGUGUUGCUGCCGUUCAGGCAGGCAGAGCGAGUGCCUGCAAAGACCACUGGCAGCCGUUGAGACGUGGGCUUUGCAAUUCAUGGAUCCUCACUUACUGCUGGAGCACACUUCUGUAAUCCAGGCUCACCAGCAAAUGCAUACUCCAGGAGCCCUCUGCCUUUAUUUACACUGAUUGUUCGCGCUACUGAGACAGAGCUUUAGUCAGAACUAAAGAUGCCACUCUUCUUCCGUAAGAAGAAACCCAGCGAUGAUGCUCGGAAGCGCCUUGAAUACCAAAUGUGCCUGGCAAAAGAAGCUGGUGCUGAUGACAUUCUUGACAUAUCCAAAUGUGAACUCUCAGAGGUUCCUUAUGGGGCCUUUGCAACUUGUAAGGUCUUGCAAAAAAAGGUGCUGAUUAUUCAUACAAAUAAUCUGACAUCUUUAGUUCCAAAGUCCUGCAGCCUCCUGAGUCUCAUAACCUUGAAGGUUCUAGACCUGCAUGACAACCAGCUGGCAUUGCUUCCUGCUGAUAUUGGUCAGCUGACAUCUCUUCAGGUCCUAAACCUUGAAAGGAACCUUUUAAAAUGUCUUCCACAAUCUAUAGGAGACCUUGCACAGCUCCAGAUGCUCAAUGUGAAAGGUAACAAGCUGAAGGACCUGCCUGCUACUGUGAGUGGCUUGCGGAGUUUGCGCACUCUGGAUAUCAGUGAGAACGUGCUGCAAGAACUGCCGCGGGUGCUGGCUCACAUCCGCACGCUGCAGACGCUGACCUUGGAUGCUUCUUCCAUGACCUACCCAUCACCUGAUAUUUGCAGUGCAGGUACAGAGUCCAUUCAGCAGUUCCUCUGCAAAGAGUGUGGAAUUGCGUACUACCCUCCCUCACAGUAUCUGCUCCCCACGCUGGAGAGUGAUGGAGGAGGAACACCAGUGGAUGGGGUGGACAGGGCAGUGCAGAAGUACUUGGAGGAGGAGAGUGAGUGGCAGAACAGAUUCUUGGAUUAUGAGAAGCGGAAGGAAAAAAAAAUGCAGGAGAAGCUGGAAUUUGAGCGGCGCCUGAACAUGGGGCAAAGAGAACAUGCUCUGCUUGUUCAUCAGAUCAACAGUCAGAAGGAUGAGAUACUGCAGACAGUGAGAGAGGACCAGAUGAGGCUGGAGGAGGGUCUGACAAAGCACCAGCGAUCUUUGGAGGAGGAGCGCCUGAAGCUGCUGCAGCAGUUGAAGCAAGCAGAGCAAGGCAUUGCCAGCCGUAUCCAGAAGCUGCUAGAGGACAACCAGAGGCAAAAACAAAGUUCAGACAUUCUGAAAUCCUUGGAGAAUGAGAGAAUAAGGAUGGAACAGCUGAUGGCAAUAACACAGGAGGAGACAGAGCAUCUACGCAGAAGGGAAGUGGCCUCUGCCAUGCAACAAAUGCUGGCUGAGAGCUACAAGAACAAGCUCGUCCAGAUGACCUACGAGUCUCGUCGGCAAGAUCUUGUCAACCAGGCCUGCUCCAGCCUAGCUGAGAUGGACCAGAAGUUCCAGCAAAUCCUGGCUUGGCAACAGCUGGAUCAGAACAAAGCCAUUAGUCAGAUCUUGCAGCAGAUUGAGAUGCAGAAAGCUGCCUUCGAAGCUCUCCAAGUGAAGAAGGAUCUUAUGCACAGGCAGAUCAGGAACCAGAUUAAAUUAAUAGAAACAGAGUUAUUGCAGUUGACACAGCUGGAGUUAAAGAGGCAAGAACUGGACACAGAGACGCUGCAGGGGGUGAUCACAGAGCAACGCCAAGCACUCGGCUACCUGCUGCAGCAGCUGCUCAAAGAAAAGAAGCAAAGGGAAGAAGAACUGAAACAAAUACUGCUGGAAAUGGAGGCAAAGAGCGAAACCAAACAGGAGAACUACUGGCUGAUCCAGUACCAGCGCCUGCUGAACCAGAAGCCCCUCUCCCUGAAGCUCCAGGAGGAGGGCUUGGAGCGGCAGCUGGUGAACCUUUUAAUCGAGCUGUCUGCUGAACAGUAUGUGCCAGUCUUUGCACACCAUCAAAUAUCCUUGCAAACACUCAGCACCAUGACUGCCAGUGACCUGGAAAAGAUCGGCGUGACGGAGGCUGGCCUGCAGCGUGCCAUCCUCAGGCGAGCUCAGGAGAUCCUGGCGGUGGCCAAAACGAUCCCAGAGCUGCUGAGGACGGUGGAUGCCGAGGUCCCUGCAGCCCCAGAACCCAGCGCUCCCUUCGAGGAGCCUCCGAGCCCUCUCGUCCCGACGGCUCCGCCGCUGCGGUGGGACGAGAAGAAGUCGGAGUGCGUUGUCUGCAUGGAGCAGGAGACCCAGAUGAUUUUCCUGCCCUGCGGCCACGUCUGCUGCUGCCAGACCUGCUGCGAGCGGCUGCGCACUUGCCCCCUGUGCCGCAGGGACAUCGCACAGCGCAUCCGCAUCUUCCACAGCGGCUAGGCGGGGCGGCGGAAGGUGAGGCUGCCCAGCACAGCCCCCGUCACCCCCUCCCGGGGCGCUGCCCCAAUUCUGCUCCGUGUCAGUAUUAAACAGACACUCACACAGCAUGACCAGCACUGCCCUCCCCGGGCGCGGCCCCGGGCUGGCUGCAGGCUGCACCCAGGAGUUUCAGCAUCCUCCACGUUCCCCGACGGCUUCUCAGCCUCUGCUUUGGGUUCCUUCUUCAUCUGUGUCCCCCCUCCUGCCUGCCCGCCCAGCAUCCUCUUGCCCGGCAGCACUGGGCGAUGGAGCUGGGUGUACCUGUGGCCCCUCCUCUCUGGCUGAUGUAUUUGGCUGCAGAAACGCCCCUUGCUCAGCAGGGGCACAGUUAGUGCCAUCCCUGAAGCCGCCGUGACCUUGCAGCCCCGGUGCUGUGGCCGGGGCACGGCCGUGCUCCUGCACGAGUGCUGUCGCCCGAAGGUGGGUGAAUCUCCCGUGGGAGGACACAGCCCGGGUGCGCGAUGCUCGGGGCUGCUGACAGUGCCUUGCACCUAUGUCGUGCCAAAGGUCUGGGGCUUCUGCUCUGGUGACCCACGGGAGCAUGUCUGAGGCUGCAGCCAGGGGCAGCGGGUGGCAGGGCGAGGGGCUCCCCAACCCCUAAUUCAGGCUCCAGUUGUAGGGGAGGGUCUGCAGUGGCUCCAGGACUCGAGGGACCCGCGCCGGCCAGAGGAGCCCGGUGGGACCCCUCAGCCAAAAAACACAUGUUGGGAGCAGAAAGUGUUGCUGCCUCCUGCCAGGCAGCUUGGCUCCAGCAGCGAGGGGGUGGGCUGGGGCUGGGGCUGGGGCUGUGCAUCGGCGUGCGGGGAGUUUGCCAUCGUCAUUAAUAAGUAACGUGCCCAGCCUGUAUUUCAUCUCUUGACCUUGAAGUAUAAAAUGCAGAGAUAAGCCUGAUCCCACCGCAGCCCUUCCUCCAGGAGAAGCUAUUAAAAAGCAGCUGGUUUCUGCUG